AUGCGCGAGGUCAACUUCAGCAUCCCCAACGCAAACAAAGCCUCCGUGGGCAUCACAACCGCCCUCUAUGACCGACGAGCGCUGGAUUGCACGUCUACCCUCCCUCUCAUCAACUCUCUAAACAACCUUGCAUAUCUAACUACAUCCUCCGGUCGCAUUCGAGAUAUACUCACCGUCGAUGGCGGUAUUGAGCGUCUGGUCUGCAUUCUCAAGGAGGGUCGGAGCAAGGACAUGAUGGAGAUGUGGAAAUGGAACCUGGCCUUCCAAUGUAUUGUAAACAUCGGCGUGAGAGGCUCGGAGGCGGUGCGAACUCGCGUGGUAGAGGCUGAUAUGGUCCCCGUCAUCGCCACCAUCCUGGACAACUACUUCCAGGUGGUAGAGAAGAGCCGAGAAAGACUGGAGCUGGAAAACAGACGAAAGUGCCCCUUCAGCAGGGCCUUUUCGCGCUCUUCAAACAGGAGCGAGACCAGUGAGCGAAGAAGCAGACGACAUGCUCCACCUCCAAUCUCCAUCCCAGAACCCAGCAAUCCUCCUGAGGACGAGCCUGCGAGUGAAACGACGCCAACAGUCCACACGGCAAACCUGUCACUCAGCUCGCCUCCAGAGCGGACAAUCUUCCCUCAUCACCAGAGGUCGAACGAUAGUCGGGGCCAGCUUCCCUCGCCCACAGGAGGUAAUAGCCGACGAGAAGCCCCCAUAUCUUCCUUGACGUUGCAGAGCAAUGUUGGACACGGAUUUGUGCGACCCGUCCGUGACAUUGAUCGACUUCCCUCAAUGCUACCGACCCUGCACCCAGGCCCAAGCUCCCAACCACAAUCACCUACUACCCCUGGCGCUCCCAUGCAGCAACCUGGGACUCCACGAGCCUCAGCAAGCGGGAUGCGACCACGAAGAAGACCGUCUAUUAGACAUCAAUUGUCUAUCUCGGGCUCGGACGAUGACGGACAGCUUGAAGAGAGCGUCUCUGAAGAGUCAACCGGCGUGGAUGGCGAGCCAAUGGUCGGCAUCCAGUCAGACAUCCCCAUGGAAGACAUUGGAGAUGAUAUGGAUCAGCAGAACAAUGGCGUCCCUCUUGCUGUGCCUGAUGUGUCAAGCGCAGAUGAUGAGACAUUCAGCAUCACCCACAGGGCAAAUGGAGAUGGUAGCAUGGCUGCAACGCCCACUCAGGGACAGGUUAAUCUGCCACAAACACAACUGCCACCACCAGUGAGCGCUAUCAACGCAACACCUCCGAACCUCAAUGCUCCUGCGUGGUACCCGGGAAGAGCACUGCCCCUUGAUAGACCAGCACCUGCAAGCAUCCUAGCUGCGAUGCCACGAGAUGAAGACGUUCUCAUGUCCUUGCAGCUCUUGGCAUACGUGUCAAAAUACUGCAAUCUGCGAUCGUACUUUCAGCAGUCGCAUCUCGUGCCGAGACUUAAGAUCGACCGCGAGCUUCGGAUGCUGGAUGCGGACUACAAUCCUGCCACUCAACCAACGCCUACGCAGGAAGAGCUCGACGAGGAGUGGGAUAAUGAGUUCGUGAAGAAGGCCGACGAGAAACCAUACAAUAUCUUCCCUCUCAUUGAGAAGUUCACCGCAAAACCGUCAUCGUCCAACCGGCACUCCAACCCCGCCUCUCCACAACAAAGUGACAUGCAAUACUGGGCUGGGGUUGUUAUGCGAAACCUUUGCCGGAAGGAUGACAGCAGAGGCGGUAUCAGGCAGUGUGCAUACUGGCAGUGCGGCAAAUGGGAAGAAUACACCAGGCAAUUCGCCAAGUGCCGACGAUGCAGGAGGACCAAGUACUGCAGUAAAGAGUGCCAAAAAGGUGCAUGGGGCAGCCACCGAUUCUGGUGCGUUCCAGCUGAAGACAGCAGAGAGGGUGAAGCUGGAUCAAGCGAGCACCGACACCGACACCACACAUCCCGCCACCAUCACCAUCACCACUGAGUCUUCAGCGAUACAGCUGACUGCAUCUUUGAUUCGGGAGGCCCCUCUAUAAUGUUUAUACGACCCGAGCUCAAACAGACGACGCUCUGACUGUUUAUCACUUGGAAGCACAGCAUAGCAAGGAGUUCUCACAGUCUGCUUUUCUGGCGUCAACUCUUACGAUCUAAGGACAUGAAGAUAGGCACUACCAUACGUGGUGCGAACAGCAAAAUGCUUCCCCGGAUGGGGACGAGAUCCAUUGCUAAAUUGGAGGUGAUUGGGGUCACAACCUAUUGGACACUCUUAUUGGAUCAACGAUACCACAAUGGAAGUACUUUUCUCUUGAGUUUUCGAAUAAGGACGGCAUAGGUACCGUCUCAUGGCUUCUAUAUGAUUGAAGCCUGCUGGACGAAGAGCUAAUGCCAUGGCAAAUGGAAGAGGGAGUUUUGCUGUUCUUUCACGGCUGAGUUGUGGAUUGAAACGAGUCGUCGUGAAAUGGAUUUGUGGAAUAGCAUUGAGGAAGGCAUUACUACGUCUCAUG